AUGGAACAAUUUGUGGAAGCAUAUGCUACAGAUAUCUCUCGCGAGAAGAAUCCAAACAGUGAUACUCAACCAGAAGAUAACCAGCAGCCUUCCAACACCAACAAGAAGAUCAAGAAGGGCAAAGCAGCGAAGGCAACAGAGGAGGGCGAGGAUGCACCGGACGCUGAGGAGGAGGAGGAGGAGGAGGCUGAUCCCUUCGCUUUCGCCCGUGCCCUCUACCCAGUGAUCCAAUUGCUAGAACCAGGGGAGUUCGGCAAAGCAUUCCCCUACAGAUGCACAAUCUGUAAAACAAAGACUUGGCCAGAAGGCAAAGUCGGAGAUUGCGUAGAAGCAAAAGCCAGCAGUGUGAAGUUCUUUGUGGCACAGCACAUCAAUUGCAUUUCCCAUCAGAACAAGCUCAAACUGAUCCAAGAGAGAGAGGAAGCCAAGCUCGUUCCGUGCGAGGGCCUUUGCAUUGGUGAUGUAGCGACUGCAGGAACUCUCCACUCCUGGCAGGCUGAGUUCAAGGUUUGGGCCAGCAUGGCCAACUUUGGCCACUACGGAAGACACAAGUAUUGGCAUGUUGCUUCUGAGGACUGCUGGUAUGUCCGGGCAAGCCAGUGCCAAGUGCAGUGUGAACCAAUACCUUCACGGGCACGGCAGUGCUGCUCAGAGUGCAUUCAACUUGGCAGGCCACAUGGGAUAGUGCGGUCUGUGGCACGCUUCGCAGUUCGAUACUAUGCAGCUCGCUUGCUGUCAGCCAGGCUGUUCCAAGGCGCUGAUGCGGUUGCCAGUGUAGAGAAAGAGAUUCUGAGCUCGCAGCUUUUUGCCCAGGACCACAAGAGAAUGCAAGAGAUAAUGACCUUGAGCAGUGGAAAACUACAGCAAUUUGUGCGAGCAAGCUGGUUGAGUGAGGCCAAGGGUGGGCAAACAGAGGCCUUCAAAAACUUCAACGCUGUGGCUGUUUAUCCAUCCCUGCAGUGCAACAUCAGCAACAUUCCUGAUCGAAUGUCAGAUGUAGUUGCACGGUUUGAUGCAAUCCUCUCAAGCCAGGAAGGAAGUGACCAAGACCUCGCCAACCUAAAGCUGGCCUCAGCAGCCCUGAAAGGCUCACUAUCCAUGCACCCAUUGGUGCAUGGACUCGCGCUGCAAUGCGCUCGUUUGUGUGAGAAGCAGGAACGCGGAAUCUUCACGAUGAGGGGACGGCGUUCCAAGGAGACCUCCUUGGAGACGGAUCUCAUCUCGGACGCUGGACUACAGCUCUCCAUAGCAUGUGGGAACAAACAGCUGAUGCAAAUGUUUGGCCUUGCAGUCAGAGCCCACAAGACGGCAUUGGACGACCUGGAGCUGAACAGCCUGCCAAGUCCUGCCCUGGCAUUGCUUUGGCCGGACAUCUUGAAGAAGAAUUGGAUGCUAGUGGACCAAAGGAUCCCUAAAAUGCAGGGCCUGGACCAUUGCCGCUUUGUCAUGGCCUUUGACUGCACUUACCUGACACAGACCAUGACACAGAUGAAGCUGCAUGGGGCACAAGGUCUAGCCGGAGGGAUGUGGACAGCAGGAAAUCCUGACAACGCAUGGAUUUCCUUGGAGAAGGAAGAGAUGAUCGACGUCCAGGGCGUGCCAAAGGCAGCAACCAUGCUUGAAUGCCUUGCUUGGGACCCCAAUUUGCGGACCAAGAUUACAUUGUCACCAUCAUGCUCAAUGCCGAUACAGCACAAUUUCCAGGGCAUUGGCGGGCAAAACAGGUCACAGUGGUACAUGAUGGACCUGAUCGGAAGGGUCGUUGAGGCGUCAGAUGGCUUGGUAAGGGCCCUCAUCUUCGACGCACAUGCAUCCCACACAUUCAUUGUGAAGGCAUUGCAUGGCCAACUCCAGGGCAUGGACUUGACAGUGCUCAACACCAUCCCAUGGUUUGGAAAACUUGAGUACACUUCACUGUUCCAGACUGCUUUGCCGAGACUUCCAAUCAAGAUAGCUCUGCACCGGAACCAGCCAGUGUGGGCGUUUCCCGGCCAUGCAAACAAGAAUACAGGGGGGCAACUUUGCAGCCACCUACGUGCAAUGUACUAUGGCAAGUAUUGGUGCGAUGUGACACAGGAAGGGUCAGUGGCCACCUUGGAAGUCCCAUGGUCGCUGAAGGGCGCAUUGAUCCACCACAGCAUAGUCGCGUGCUGUGUGGCUUCUGUUUUGCACACUCACAUUACAUUGGAGCAAAGGGCUGAGUUGGCGCUCACCGGCUUUGCGGCGCUGGACAUCUUUCGGUUUUUGGCGGAUGACAAGGCUGAAGAGAUGAAAAUGCCUAAGGGCACAUGCUUCAUGGCAUCCCAAACGGUGUACAACCUGCAAUCAGCUGCUCUGGCUGUAGCAUUGGCCUGCCACACAAAGCCAGAAAACUUCUGUCCUUGGCGCUAUGGGUUUGGGCGAAUGUCAGAAUUGGGAAUCGAACACUGGUUUUCUUACCUUCGCUCCCAGAGCUCCAACUCGCAGCUUUCUGCAAGGGGGUUCUGGUACGCAGCAGCACGCCAAUUGCUAAAGACUUCCAAAGUGAUCAACAAGGAGAAAGCACCAAACCCUGCCUGCGAAGCACCCUUGAAUGAGGAGCAGCCACUUGCGCUCAGACUCAUUCACCGCUUUGCUCAUCUUCCCUU